AUGCUACCGUUUGAUCUCAAAAGAAGUGCAACAACGCGUGAAGCUCAGGCAGCAGCUCACCAUACGAAGCCACAAUGGGCUCGGUUUUAUUAUCAGCACAUCACAAAGGCGGAGAUCGACAUUCUUCUAGAAGCCCAGCCACUCAUUCUCUGGCCGUCAAUACCAGCAGACGUUCUGACCGAGAUCUACAAUCGCGUCAAUGCUGAGAUUGCCAAAGAGCAGAUCCCUGAGGUUGGAUACGAUAUAUUCAGCUGGCGUAUGGCACGGGGGAUACAAAACGUGACUGGCAAGAAGAGAAAGAUGGCUUCUGCGGAGUCGGCAGCAACUGCCGAGCCGGAAGUUACGAAGACCACCUAA